CUUAUAUCCAACCAUUUCAUAUAUGCAAGAACUCUUUAAUGGACGUCAUAGAACCAGUCGUGGAUAUUGUGAAGGAUGUUGUACCUAUAGUUAAGAAAUAUGUCAAGUAUCAGAUAUGUCACAAUGAUUAUGUCAAUGAAUUUAAAGAAAUGCAAACCAAGCUGGAGCGCCAACGAAAAGAUGUUGCUGAAGGACUACGUACUCAGCUUAUGCAGCCUGGGAAGAUUGCAAUGCAGGAAGUUGAAGCUUGGCUAAAGGAAGCAGACCAAGAAACUGAUGAAAAAGUGGUUGAAGAUCUAAUCUGCAAAGGGGGCUGUUUCACAUAUAUUUGCUCCUCAAGAAAGCUCGAUAAAAGGACUCAAUCAUUGACUGAAGGAAUAUUUAAGCAAGGAGAAAAGUACACUAAUGCUGGUGAGAGUUUGGUCGUAGAUACUCCCUCAAUUGAGUAUUGGGCAACUUGUGGAAAGAUUGCAAGCAUGGAAGUUAAAGACUGGUUGAAGAAAGUAGGCCAACAAAUUCCCUUAAAGGUUGAAGAUCUAAUCAACCGAGGGGGAUGCUCCUCUCUAUCCAACCUCAGGAGAAAAAUUGAAGAAUUGAAGCAAAUAUUUGAGCAAGGAGAAAAAUAUACUAAUGCUGGUGAGAGUUUGGUCACAAAUGUUGACUCAAUUGAGCGUGGUGCAAUUGUAUUUAAAGAAAUGCAAGAGCAACUGAAGCUCCGACAGAAAGACAUUGAGGCAAAAUUGGAGACUUCGCUUCUGCAGCCCGGAAAGAUGGCAAGCAAUGAAGUUAAAAACUGGAUGGAGAAAGCAAGCCAACAGAUUGACAUAAAGGUUGAAGAUCUCAUCAGCCAAGGGGAAUGUUCCUCUCCAUCCAACCUCUGGAAAAAAAUUGAAGAAUUGAAGCAAAUACUUGAGCAAGGAAAAGAAUUCACUAAUGCUGGUGUGAUUUUGGUCAUAGAUGAUCACUCAAUCAAAGGAUUUCCACUUCCCGUUGAAAAAUGUAGUGGUAGGGAUGAUAUACAGGAAAAAAUUCUGGAAUGGUUAAAGGGAGACAAGGUUACAAGAAUUGCAGUUUCGGGAAUGGGUGGUGUGGGCAAGACAACAAUUAUGAAGAAUCAAAAAAAGAAGUUUGAUAUUCUCAAGUUUCAGCAAAAGAUUGCAAGUAGCUUGAAAUUAGUACAAGAGCCAGAUCAUGAGAAUGAAACCAAGCUUGCUGCAUUGAUUUCACAAAGGUUGGGGCAGGGUAGCUUCCUGCUAAUUUUGGAUGAUGUGUGGGAGCCUUUUUCUCUAGAAGAUGUUGGAAUUUCUAAUCCAGUUGGAAAUAAUGGUUGCAAAUUAGUGCUCACAACACGGUCAAAAGAUGUUGCUCGUGCAAUGGAUUGUAAUGUGAUCCAUGUGAACCCUCUUCCACCUGACGAAGCAUUAGCAUUAUUCUUGGAGAAAAUUGGAAGUGAUGUGUUUUCAGAUGGCAAAAUUAAAAGAGAUAUGAGCCAUUUUUUAAGCAAAUUUUGCAAAAAUGUGAUGGGUUAUGAAUGCCUAGAACCACAAUGUCAGGAGUGUUUCCUAUAUUGCGCAUUGUAUCCUGAAGAUUAUGAAAUCCAAAAGAAGGAGUUAAUUGAGUAUUGGAUUGAGGAGGGGCUUAUAUAUAAAGAAGGGAAAACUAGGGAGGCAAUGAAUUGGAAGGGUCAUGAUAUACUUGAUAAGCUAGUUGACAACUACUUGUUGGAGUUGGUUGGAGGCAAGGAAUAUUGUCUACCAGAAGAGGGUGAAUGGAGAGAAAAUCCUUUGAAGCUUUCUUUAAUGGAGAAUCACAUAACAGAAAUUCCUUCAAGCAUGUUGUCUCCAAAGUGCCCUAUGCUUACAACCUUGCUGUUGUCCAAUAACCAGAUUUCAACAAUUCCAGAAGCUUUUUUUGAGCAUAUGCUUGGGCUCAAGAUCCUUGAUCUUUCCAACAAUUGGGAGCUAACAAGGUUGCCGAGUUCUGUUUCCAAAUUGGAGAAGCUUACUACAUUAUUGCUAUUGAAUUUAGGAGCAGUUGCUGAGUCAGCACAGCUACCAGCUGGCACAUUUUCCUCUCUUCAAUAUAUUAAUGUUAGGGCAUGUUAUAAAAUAAAGAAGUUAUUCUCGCUGAUAUUGUCAUCGGCACAUGAAGAAGAAAACAUCACUCUACCCAAGUUACAAGGCUUGAAAUUGACAAGAUUGCCCUUAUUGAAGAGCAUCUGCAACAGCUCUAGUGUGUUAAUUUGUGAUUCCAUCCAGAAUCUGAGGAUUUCCAAUUGUGAGAAGCUAAAGAGGAUUCCUAUGAAUUUUCCCUUACUUGAUAAUGCCCAAUCAUCUCAUCCUCCUUCCCUUGAAGAAAUUGUGGUACUCCCAAAAGAAUGGUGGGAAUCAUUGGAAUGGGACCAUCCCAAUGCAAAAGACAUCCUUUUCCCCUUUUGUAAAUUUCAGCAGAAAUGGUGGUAGGGCACACCGCAAAUUCUUUUAUUUGUGGUAUUGAUGCAGUAUCAGAUGUAAGAGUUUGAGAACUUUCUUUGUCCUUUUUCUUAAUUGUUUUGGUUUUGCCAUUCAUUUUCAGUCCUUGCUUCCUUGCCUUUUAUUUGACACCUAGUUUCAAAUUCGAUGGUCUCCAUGUGUGCCCUUAAAUAUGCCUGCUUUGGCCAUGGACAGAUUGACUCGAUUUCCGAAGGUGACUUCUUAGUUGGUUACAGAAAGUGAAACGGAUUUCCAAAAGGAACGGUUGGGUGUCAAGAAUAUGGAUGCCUCUUUAUAGAGUGCAGUGCAAAAACUUGAGUGAAUGUAGAACAAUGCUAUGACGAGCUUGUCUUAAAGGUAACUAAAAUCCAGUGUACUUUAUUCUAUAAUUGAUAUAGCCUGAUAUUUUUAUUAGAUAGCCCUGCCUUGAGACAAAUGUAUAUGUUUGUUUGGAUACAAGAGAAGCAUGGAAGCUAAUUAAAGCCUUUGAAUUUG